AUGACGAUAUCUACGCACGCUUCGUAUUCAGAUGAGCUCCGGGAUAUCCGCUCAUCUAGACAAUAUGCCCGCGGCUUUCGUCGACUGGUCAAAAUCCGAGAUGCCAUCGCCACAGCCUCGCCAUACUCAGUAGCCGUCGUGGCCUGCGCCAAUGACUUCAUCUAUUGCAACGGCAUGCUAUGCUAUACUCUCGGCCCCGAACGGCUCCGUAUUCUCGAUCUCCAUAAGUCUGGAUUUGAGGAAGUUGUAAUCGAUACUGCCGCACUGCUUCAAUCCGUUCCAGAUGAGAACCUCGGAAACAAUAGCUACAAGUUUCGCCCCAUACAUUACGCCGAGGGUAUAGUGUCAUGCCUCUAUACUCCACCCAAAAUCGAAGGUCGCAGCCGUCUUCUCGUGCUGAACUUGCAUGAGCGGAAGCUCCUUACGUGUCAUCGUCUCGAAUCGCACCAAAAGCUAUUCGUGCGCAACACCCAGAAUUAUUUAUACUACGGAACACAUUCUUUUACUGGGGAUGAUGGCUUCAAGCGAUGGGUGUUGAAGCAUUUCAGCAUCAGGGAUAAACAGUGGGGCUCUGGUCACUUGGACUUGGAGGACAUCGUUGGCUCAGACAUUGGAGCUACGGUGUGCUUCGAGAUCAUAGAUGAUCACUUUUAUGGACUGUCAAGCCUAUCCAGUUUCGAUGUCUAUGAAACGGAUUGGACCUCAUAUUACUAUGGGUUCCGCUUUCCGGUUGGUAGUUCACACCCGCGAGACAUGCAGCUGACAUCAAAGAAGAAAAUGUGGCGCCGUCAGCAUCAAGAGGGACCAAUCGACGACAGAUGGAGCACUCUGAGUCUCGAGAAGGAUCCAGCCGGAGGAAAACUCAUGGCCGUCGAAUGCCGACGGGAAUAUCUUGUUGGCGACUGUUCGAGCACCCGAAGCAGUUAUCGGACGGAACUCAAUUUUUGCGCCAGCGACGACUCUGACAAUGAUCACUCUGACUCCGAGUAUGACGAGGAUGAGGCGGACCAUCCAUCUGGUUCUACGUCUGCAGCCGCCACGACAACACCAAGUCGAGACCCAUCGACAGUUCACCGAGGCGAUGAUGGGUCAACUAUCCCAGCAGCUACUUUUACACACUGCUUUAUACGUUCUUAUCACCAAUCUUGCGAAACGUUUAUGGAUCUCAUCAACGAUCCUGCUGCCAGCGAGGCCAUGGUCCAAAGACCACAGUUACGUUCGAUAUCCCGCUCUAGUCCGGCCGGCCGUCAGCAGAGCCCCGGCAAGCUCAGCCAGGUCUCCUGCUGGCCGCAAAGCACGGAUGCAGAGAAGCGGGUUCCAUCCCUCGAAGCUCUUGAAAAUAUCCUCAACCCGAGGGGCAAACAAUUUCACGGACCGAUUUCAGGGGCGAUGGACGAUCGGUCCAUUGUCUACGCUGUCGGCCAACCCAGUCAUCACAGCACACGGCCCCUCGUCUUCAUCUCUUUCGACCCCUCUAUUAAGCUUCGCGGGCUCACUUCCUGGCCUGGUGGUCCAACGGGAGCGCCCCUGGCUCUGCAAAAGCCACGGUCUUGUGAGACCAGCUCAAUGGAAUGCUAUCCAACCCCGCAGUCGAUGCCAGCUUCUGCGAUGGCAUCUCGAAAUGCAUCUUUUAGCGAAGGAUGCAUGUCAGACAAGACAGAGGCCGCGUGGGGUAGCAUAACCCCGGCCAUGUACUCGGACAGCUUGCGAAACAUCGGAACACCUACUGGCUUCAAUUUUGCAUACUGCGGCGAUCAUUGA